GUCCACAUUGUUCAAACCGGCAGAAGGUGAUCCAGCGUGUUUCUGCUCACUCAUCAUGGCAUCGGAGGAACCUCAAGCCAAGAAAGUCAAACUUUCAGAGGAGGACAAGCCGGCGUCCGCCACCAAAACCUCUCCCGUCAAACUAAGUCCAAACACACUGUUCGGGAUGGGAAAUCCUUUAUUGGACAUUUCAGCUGUGGUGGACAAAGACUUCCUGGACAAGUACGGCCUGAAACCAAACGACCAGAUCCUGGCCGAGGACAAACACAAAGCCCUGUUCGAGGAGCUCAUCAAAAAGUUCAAGGUGGAGUAUCACGCUGGAGGAGCAACGCAGAACUCCAUCAAGAUUGCUCAGUGGAUGAUCCAGGAGCCCCACAACGUUGGCACCUUCUUCGGCUGCAUCGGUAAAGACAAGUUCGGAGAGAUUCUGAAGAAGAAAGCCGAGGAGGCUCACAUCGACGCCCAUUACUACGAGCAGGAUGAGGAACCCACUGGCACUUGUGCUGCUUGUAUAACUGGAGAUAACAGGUCACUGGUCGCAAACCUCGCCGCUGCUAACUGCUAUAAGAAGGAAAAGCAUCUUGACCUGGAAGAGAACUGGGCUCUGGUGGAGAAGGCCAAAGUUUACUACAUAGCUGGGUUCUUCCUGACCGUCUCGCUGGAGUCGAUACUGAAAGUAGCCAAGCACGCCUCGGACAACAACAAGAUCUUUUGCUUGAACCUGUCAGCACCCUUCAUCAGCCAGUUCUUCAAGGGCAACCUCAUGCAGGUCAUGCCGUACGUCGACGUCCUUUUCGGCAAUGAGACGGAAGCAGCCACUUUCGCCAAAGAGCAAGACUUCGAGACUGAGGACAUAAAGGAAAUUGCCAAAAAAGCACAAGCUUUGCCCAAAGUCAACACAAAGCGGCAGAGGAUUGUUGUGCUGACGCAAGGAAAGGAUGACACUGUCUUGAUGUCUGGUGAUAAAGUGGAGACCUUCCCUGUGCUCAAGAUUGACCCAAAAGACAUAGUGGACACAAACGGUGCUGGUGAUGCCUUUGUAGGAGGCUUUCUUUCUGAGCUGGUCCGGGAGAAACCUCUUGCGCAAUGUGUGAAGGCCGCUCACUACUCUGCCAACGUCAUCAUCAGACGAGCAGGUUGCACAUUCCCAGAAAAGCCCAACUUUGUAUGAGGGGUUCUUCCAGCUCCAAAAAACCUGACUGUGACCUCUGAUUCCUGACGACUGCAGUGUUCCAAGAAAUUUAACUGUCCAUUUUUGGGCACUUUUUUGUGCCUCAGUACACGUGCCUGUUUAGCAAAUGAAACUCUUGUUUUUGUUUUGGAACCUAGGAUUUGCUUUUCAUUUAAUGUCUCUUAAGGUGCAGCUGAAUUGAUCUGUGUCUCAGCCAUCAUGUUUGAUGACAUUAUUUAAUGAAGUGAUAAAUCACUGCCAAUAUUCUGCAUCUUUCUGUGCAGUAAUCAUGUUUAUUCAUCUAACUUUGAGCAGGCCAGUUUGUAGCCCAUCAUUUUCCUUCCAGGAGUUUUAAGAUUGUCUGAUGGUCACUGUAUAAAUGUCAGCCGUCCAACAUGUGUCGCCUGUCAGUUGUUUGACAAUAAAUG